AUGAGCCACCCCCCCAUUCCGCCGCAGAAGGCUUUCCAAGGUGUGGAUUUGUUCCACAAGCUGCCCAAGCUCCCGGAGCUGGAAGGCACCGAUCCCGCCUCGGCCCCCCAGGAUGCGUUCCGUCUUGCGAUCGCCGAUCAGCUGUCCAAGACGCUGAAUGUGCCGCUGAAGGACGUGUUCCUCGGCGUCGCCCCCGGCGGUAAGGACUCUGACUUCAAGGUGGUCCUGCCCCGUUUCCGCCUGCCGACCAAGGUGGACGAGCUGCAGGAGAAGGCGAUGAGCGAAUUCAAGCCGAACGAGUACGUGGAGCGUGUGUCCAAGCAGGGCCCUGCGCUGCUGUACCACGUCAAGGUCGACACGCUUAUUGCCUUUACGCUCGCGACCGUGCACGCGAUGACGUACGGCGCCGGCGCGUUUGUCGACGCCGACGGCAAGAAGCGCCCGUCGUACGGCUCGAACACGUCGGGCCGCGGCAAAAAGGUGCUUGUCGAGUUCUCGUCGCCCAACAUUGCCAAGCCCUUCCACGCCGGCCACCUGCGUAGCACGAUCAUUGGCGCCUUUCUCUCGAACCUGUACGAGGCCAACGGCUGGGAGGUCCACCGCCUGAACUACCUCGGCGACUGGGGCAAGCAGUUUGGUUUGCUGGCCCUUGGGUGGCGCCGCUUUGGUGACGAAAAAGAGCUCGAGAAGGACGCGGUGCAGCACCUGUACAAUGUCUAUGUCCAGAUCAACAAGCUCGCGGAAGAGAGCGAGGAGGGCGAAAAGAUCCACGACGAGGCGCGUGCCUUUUUCAAGGGCAUGGAGGACGGCGAGCAGGCAAACCUCGUCGAGUGGGAAAAGUUCCGCGACAUUUCGAUCAAGCAGUACGAAAAGACGUACAGCCGCCUGAACGUCCGCUUUGACGACUACACCGGCGAGUCGAAGGUGUCCAAGGAAGGUCUCGAAAAGACCAUGGGCAUCCUGCGCCAGGCCGACUUUACCACCCGUGAAGAGAACGGCGCGCUGCUCGUCGACCUCACGCCGUACAAGCUGGAAAAGGCGGUGAUUGAGCGCAAGGACGGCACGCCGCUGUACCUCACGCGCGACAUUGUCGAGGCGCAGCAGCGCUGGGAGAACUACAACGGCUUCGACAAGAUGAUCUACGUCGUGGCGUCGCAGCAGGAUCUGCACCUGGCGCAGUUUUUCAAGAUCCUCGAGCUGAUGGACGCGCCGUUUGCGACCAAAGGCGACUCGAAGCUCCUCCACAUCAACUUUGGCAUGGUGCAAGGCAUGUCGACGCGCAAAGGCACCGCCGUCUUCCUCGACCACAUCCUGGACGAGACCAAGGAGCACAUGCACGAGGUCAUGAAGAAGAACGAGGCCAAGUACGCGCAGCUCGAGGACCCCGAGUACACCGCCGACAUUGUCGGCAUGACCGCCGUCAAGAUCCAGGACAUGUCGGGCAAGCGCAUCAACAACUAUGCGUUUGACUGGAAGCGCAUGUUUUCGUUCGAGGGCGAUACCGGCCCGUACCUGCAGUACAACCACGUGCGUCUGUGCUCGAUGGAGCGCACCAACGCAGAAGACGGCCUGGUGCUCCCGAAGGAGGACCUCGACGUGUCGACGAUGCAUACCGAGCGCCUGCAGGGCAAAGAGGCGCUCGAGCUCGUGUGGCUCAUUGCGUCCUGGCCGGAUGUCGUCAAGACCGUGAGCCGCGACCACCAGGCGUCGACGAUCGUUACGUUCUGCUUCAAGCUGACGCACGCCAUCUCCUCCGCCUGGGAGAAGCUCCUGGUAAAGAACCAGGAGCGCGACGACGCGCUCGUCCGCCUGUGGCUCUACCGCUGCGCCAAGGACGUGCUCGGUAGCGCGCUGCGUCUGCUGACCAUUACGCCGCUCGAACGUAUGUAG